AUGGAGAAAGCCUGGAAGUGCGGGGACUGCCAGAAGGGUUUCCGCUCGCCCUCGGAGCUGGAGACCCACCGGCGGGUGCACACCGGCGAGCGGCCGUUCACCUGCCCGGUGUGCGGCAAGGGCUUCACCCAGUCCCCGAUCCUGCUGAAGCACCGGCGGGUGCACACCGGCGAGCGGCCCUUCGCCUGCUUCGUCUGCGGCCGGGCCUUCGCCCAGUCCUGCCACCUGCGGCGGCACCGGCGGGUGCACACCGGCGAGCGGCCCUUCGCCUGCCCGCGGUGCGGCCGGGGCUUCAGCCACGCCAACAACCUGCGGCGGCACCAGCGGGUGCACACCGGGGAGCGGCCGUUCGCCUGCCCGGACUGCGGCCGGCGCUUCGGCAGCGCCUCCAACCUGCAGAAGCACCGGCGGGUGCACGCCGAGCCCCGGCCCUUCCCCUGCCCGGACUGCGGCCGGCCCUUCGCGCGGCUGGCCGGGCUGCAGAGCCACCGGCGGGUGCACGCCGGCGAGCGGCCCUUCCCCUGCCCGGACUGCGGCCGGCGCUUCAGCGGCGCCUCCCACCUGCGGCGGCACCGGCGGCUGCACACCGGCGAGGGGCUGCUCCGCUGCUCCCGCUGCGGGAAGGGCUUCACCCAGACCUCCAGCCUGCAGCGGCACCAGCAGAGCCACGCCGCCGAGGAGCGGCGCUGCCGGUGCACCGACUGCGGCGGCGGCGGCGGCGGCUCCGGCUCGGCCAGCCCGGCGGCCCGCCCGCAGAGCCAGGGGACCGAGGAGCGGCCCUUCGGCUGCACCGACUGCGCCCAGCGCUUCCGGAUCCUCUCCAAGCUGCGGCGGCACCAGCGGGUCCACACCGGGGAGCGACCCUUCGCCUGCGGCGUCUGCGGCCGGCGCUUCAAGUCCUCCUCCAACCUGCUGAACCACCGGGUCACCCACACCGGCGAGCGGCCCUUCCGCUGCCCGGACUGCGGCGGCGGCUUCAAGAGCGCCGGCGACCUGCUGGUGCACCGGCGGAUCCACACCGAGGAGCGGCCCUUCGGCUGCUCGCACUGCGCCAAGGGCUUCCGCACCUCCUCCGACCUGCGGCGGCACCAGCGGGUCCACACCGGGGAGCGGCCGUUCGCCUGCGGCGUCUGCGGCCGGCGCUUCAGCACCUCCUCCAACCUGCUGAGCCACCGGGUCACCCACACCAGCGAGCGGCCCUUCCGCUGCCCGGACUGCGGCGGCGGCUUCAAGAGCUCCCGCAACCUGAUGCUGCACCAGCGGAUCCACACCGGCGAGCGGCCGUUCGCCUGCGCCCGCUGCGCCCGGCGCUUCCGCAAGUCGUCCGACCUGCGGCGGCACCAGCGGGUGCACACCGGCGAGCGGCCCUUCGCCUGCCCCGAGUGCGGCCGGCGCUUCAGCCAGUCCUCCAGCCUGCAGACCCACCGGCGGCUGCACCGGAGGCUACCGGGGCCAAGUGGCGCGGCGGCUGCUGCGGCUGCUGCUGGCCAGGAGUGAGCCGCGGUCGAUCCGACAACAAGUGCCCCCUCAGACUGAGCGAGCAGGGGGGUCAGUCCAUCAAC